ACCUCAAACAACUCUAUUAGUAGUAGUAUCGCUACUAUUUUCUCAAUGGCUCAGAUUCAGAAGACCGCGAAUAUCUUUUCAGUUCUGGCCUUUGCGCUGGCCGUGAUGCUUGUGAACCAAGCAUCAGCUCAAUCUGUAGGAUGCACGACUGCCAUUGUUAGUCUUGCGCCGUGUCUUGGAUAUAUCACGGGGAAUUCGUCGACCCCGUCGACUUCGUGCUGCUCGCAGCUCUCAAGCGUAGUUCAGACGCAGGCGCAGUGUCUCUGUUCGCUGUUGAAUGGCGGAGGUUCGUCAUUUGGGAUCAAUAUUAACCAGACUCAGGCUCUGACGCUUCCUGGGGCCUGCAAGGUCAAGACUCCGCCUGUUAGCCAGUGCAAUGCUGCAGGAGGACCAGCAACAUCUCCAUCAAGCUCUCCAUCAACCCCGACGACACCAUCAACAACACCCUCGACACCCAGCACCUCCACCCCUACAACUCCGGCGACCCCUUCAGUUCCCAGCAUCCCGUCAGGAACUGGAUCAAAAACCACCCCGUCAGCACCUGGCGGCGACUCUUCCGACGCUUCCAUCCUCUCAACGUUCUUUUCUGCCGUGUUAGCCGUUGUGUCUGUUUCGUUGUACGCUAUCCUCUGAUUGUGCUUGCCUUAUGUUUGUACGGAUUUGCGGGUUUUAUUGUUUUAGUACUCUAAGGAUUCAUGCUUACCGAUGUGUAUUCUUUUUUCUGAUCUCCCUUGCGUUUCCCCUGUAAUAACCUCUGUUUAUGGAGGUAGAUUAUGUUGAUUUAUACUUGUUGGAUUUAUAUGAAAA